CGUGUCCAAUAUGGAAGAACUGGAGGUAGAGGUUCGUGGCUCCAACGGGGCUUAUUACAAGGGCUUAGUCAAAGACAUCCACAAUGAUUCUCUCACCAUUGCCUUUGAGAACAAUUGGCAACCAGAACGCCAGGUGCCCUUCAGUGACGUCAGGAUGCCACCUCCUGUUGAUGCCAAGAAGGAAAUUAGAGAGGGUGAGGAGGUGGAGAUCCUUUCUCGGGCCACUGAGCUGGAACCUUGUGGCUGGUGGCUGGCUAAGGUCUGCAUGACAAAAGGAGAUUUCUUUGUAAUUGAGUAUGCAUCCUGUGAUGCCACCUACAACGAGAUUGUGACGUAUGAGCGCUUGCGCCCAGUCAACACUAACAAGGCAAUCACCAAUAAUUACUUUCACAAGUGCAGUAUCGCUAUUCCCCAAGAUCUGCAAGAAGCGUGUCAGACUGAUAAUGCCCAUAAGGACUUUAAGAAAGCUGUGGAAGCCUGUCAAGUCUCGUACUGCCCUGAGACCAGCCAGUUGGUCAUUGUAUCCACCAAUGACUCAACUGUGAAGCGUGUGUCUUUGCUGAGUGACAUGCACCUCCGCAGCCUCCGAACCAAACUUAUGCUCAUGUCUCGCAACCAGGAAGCUACAAAACACCUCGAGAACUCCAGGCACCUGGUGUCAUCCUUCCAGGAAGAGUUUAUGGUGAGACCAGAUUUGAUGGGAUUGGCCAUUGGUAGUCAUGGCAGUAACAUUCAGCAAGCACGAAAAGUUUCAGGUGUCACCGCCAUUGAUUUGGAUGAAGAGACUGGUACCUUCAGAAUUUAUGGCGAGACAGCAGAAGCAGUGAAAAAGGCAAGGAACUUCCUCGAGUUUCUGGAGGAUUCUGUCCAGGUACCAAGAAACCUUGUUGGUAAAGUCAUUGGUAAGAAUGGAAAGGUCAUUCAGGAGAUUGUGGAUAAGUCUGGAGUGGUGAGGGUCAGGAUAGAAGGAGACAAUGACAACAAGCAACCUCGACAAGAAGGAAUGGUCCCCUUUACCUUUGUCGGUACUAAGGAAAGUAUUGGAAAUGUCCAGGUCUUGCUGGAGUACCACAUCUCUUACCUCAAUGAGGUUGAACAGCUUCGUCUGGAGCGGAUGCAGAUUGAUGAACAGUUGCGUCAGCUCACGCAGGGCCACCGACCAGGAGACAAGGAGAGAGGAGAGCGUGGGGAGCGAGGAGGAGGGGGAUACAACAUGGAUGGCAGUGCCAAUGCUUCGUCUUCAUCGUCACAUGUUGGGCGUUCCUACAACUGUCGAGGUCGCGGGCGCAGAGGCCACGGUUACAGUACCGGAUAUGGCACCAACUCUGAGCACUCCAAUGCCUCUGAGACUGAUUCGGAGCGUCGAGAUGAAGUCAGUGACUGGUCUCAGGCUGGUGAGGCGCAAAUGAGGGAGAGGGAAAGAGGUCUGCGUCCACAGAGAGAUAGUCGCAGGCGGCCGGGACCUGGCAGAGGACGAGGAGGACGAGGAAGAGGAGGAUACAAUAACAGCUCCAGUAAAUACGCUUUGACAUUUGGUUAAAAGUAACAAGAAUUCUAGUUUGAAAGCAAUGACUUUGUAGCAGGGCCUCGGGGUGACACUACGGAGACAAACACUGAGACAGACCAGACGGCUGAUACAGAUGCGAGUGAGUCCAACUUGCUUGCCACCCGCCAGCGAAGAUCACGACGACGUAGGACAGAUGAGGACACCACAAUGAUGGAUGGCAUGAGCGAGUCGGACAAUGCCUCAAUGAGUGAAAAUGGAAUAGAUGAUGCUGAAGCUCAACCUCAGCGUCGUAACCGUAGUCGACGACGUCGCAUUCGCCUGCCUGAAGAGAGGCAGCCAGUGACAGUGGCCGACUUCAUGUCCAGGGCUGACUCUCAGAGCAGACAGAUGUCAACCAAGGACGCCGAGAUUAACAAGGAUGAGAGUCAGGUGGAUGCUGGAGAAGAACACAGCCCAGAGGCUCCCUCUGCAGCCACCAAUGGUUCUGACAACAGUGCUGCAGACAGUGAGAGCAACAGUGCCACCCAUGACCCCGGGUCCUCCACUGAGGGAGCCACUAAAGUCUGUAACGAAGGGGAGCCUGACCCUAAACCUGUUGUCAAUGGCCUCUCAUAGACCCCAAAACAUGGUUUCAAAUAUUUCCGCUUAUCUGGCUUUGUUUGAAAUCUCACAAUUUUGUGUGAAUCUGUUUUUAAUGCAGCAAGAACUUUAAUUUUUUUUUUUUUUUUUUUUUUUUUUUUUUACUUUAAAAUUUGAAACAGUGCACAUUUUAGUAGUCUGUAUUUACACCACUCCUUUACACUCUUGUCCUACUAUCCAUGCAGUUAGUCUUUUUACAGUAGUUCUUCCUGUAUAAGCUGGCCAAAGAUAGUCUAACACACACUAUGUAAAUGUUCAUUUUCAGUUGAGGGAUUGACUGUGAAUGCAGUAUUUGGAAAAGGUAGUCAGGGAUUCCACUCAAACCCAUACUGUGGUAUUAAUGCAGCUGUUCUUUUUGGUGACAUCUUAGCAGGGGUUUUGUAAAUGUCUGCCUUUGCCAGGUGAACUUCCAAAACAUUUUCUGGAUAUUUUGUGCAUCUGAAGUAGUUUGUACUUCCAAUUGUUGUGCAUGAGCAAUACCACAGUGCAGGCAGAUUUAUUGGAAGCUCUGUGUACUUGACAUUGACGUGAUCAGCUGUCGUGCCUUGAGAAUAGUUUGAACAUGUUGCCUGAACCGCACAAUACCCAAAAUCCUUUCACUUGUUUGGUGGUUGUUUGCUCCGUUUCGGUUGGACCAGAUGAGCUGUUUUUCUGAAAUGCUCUCUUCCAACUGUGAACUGACAACACCAACCACUGAAGACCCUGAAAAGAUGUUAGGAUGCAUAUCUUUUAAAGUCAGGUGUGACUGUUCUUAAUGUUUAUCCUUUCUAUAUUUGUUGAGUUUGGCAUAGCUGCUUUCUCUUUUUCAAUAUGCAACCACUUUGUUCAUGAGGAAAUGUUACAGCAUACAGUGGGGCAAAAAAGUAUUUAGUCAGCCAACAAUUGUGUUCUCACACUUAGAUGAGAGGCCUGUAAUUUUCAUCAUAGGUAUACCUCACCUAUGAGAGACAAAAUGAGGGGGAAAAAACCCAGAAUAACAUUUUUAAAGAAUUUAUUAGCAAAUUAUGGUGGAAAAUAAGUAUUUGGUCAAUAACAAAAGAUCAUCUCAGUUCAAUAUUUUGUUAAAUACCCUUUGUUGGGAAUGUCACAGGUCAAACGUUUUCUGUAAGUCUUCAAGGUUUUCACACACUGUUGCUGGUAUUUUGGCCCAUUCCUCCACGCAGAGCUCCUCGAGAGCAGUGAUGUUAUGAGGCUGUCACUGGGCAACACAGCCUAUCAAACUCCCUCCAAAGAUUUUCUAUGGGGUUGAGAUCUGGAGACUGGCUAGGCCACUGCGGGACCUUGAAGUGCUUCUCACGAAGCCACUCCUUCGUUGCCCGGGCAGUGUGUUUGGAUCAUGGUCAUGCUGAAAGACCCAGCCACGUGUCCUCUUCAAUGUCCUUGCUGAUGGAAGGAGGUUUUCACUCAAAAUCUCACGAUACAUGUCCCCAUUCAUUCUUUCCUUUACACGGAUCAGUUGUCCUGGUCCCUUUGCAGAAAAACAGACCCAAAGCAUGAGGUUUCCACCCCCAUGCUUCACAGUAGGUAUGGUGUUCUUUGGAUGCAACUCAGCAUUCUUUCUUCUCCAAACACCCAAAAAUUAUAUUUUGGUUUCAUCUGACCAUAUGACAUUCUGCCAAUCCUCUUCUGUAUGUCCAAAUGCUCUCUCGUAAACUUCAGACGGGCCUGGACAUGUACUGGCUUAAGCAGGACACGUCUGGCACUGCAGGAUUUAAGUCCCUGGUGGCGUAGUGUGUUACUGAUGGUAGCCUUUAUUACUUUGGUCCCAGCUCUCUGCAGGUCAUUCACUAGGUCCCACCGUGUGGUUCUGGGAUUUUUGCUCACCGUUCUUGUGAUCAUUUUGACCCCACGGGGUGAGAUCUUGCAUGGAUCCCCAGAUCAAGGAAGAUUAUCAGUGGUCUUGUAUGUCUUCUAUUUUCUAAUAAUUGCUCCCAUAGUUGAUUUAGUCACACCAAGCUGCUUACCUAUGGCAGAUUCAGUCUUCCCAGCCUGGUACAGGUCUACAAUUUUGUUUCUGGUGUCCUUGGACAGCUCUUUGGUCUUGGCCAUAGUGGCGUGUGACUGUUUGAGGUUGUGGACAGUUGUCUUUUAUACUGAAGAACAACAUUCAAACAGGUGCCAUCAAUACAGGUAAUGAGUGGAGGACAGAGGAGCCUCUUAAAGAAGUUACAGGUCUGUGAGAGCCAGAAAUCAUGUUCGUUUAUAGGUGACCAAAUACUUAUUUUCCACCAUAAUUUGCUCAUAAAUUCUUUAAAAAUCAGUGAAUCCCCCCCCCCCCCCCCC